UGUGUUUGGAGGAGGAUCCAUAAGACAGACUCUAUCAGAUGUAACACUGUGUGUCAUUACAUAAAGUACAUGAUAUUAUAUUUGUUCCACAGAGUUCAGAGAUCAGAGGCUCCCAUUGGUCAGUCUGCCCAGCAGCAUCAAACACAGCUGGACUCCAUAUUGAUGCUGCUCCAGGAGAACAUCAUCAGUUUUGUAAAGACCGAGCUGAAGAAGAUCCAGAUAGUUCUGAGUCCAGAUUACCCAGAAUGCUUAGGGAGCCAGAGGGAGGAUGAGGAUGAAGAGCAGAGGAGGAGCAGAGAGGCCUUUCUGGAGAUCACUCUGCACUUCCUGAGGAGAAUGAAGCAGGAGGAGCUGGCUGACUGUCUGCAGAGCAGAACUGUUCCUGCUGCAGAGUGCAGACGUAAACUGAAGUCUCACCUGAAGGAGAAGUUCCAGUGUGUGUUUGAGGGGAUCGCUAAAGCAGGAAACCCAACCCUUCUGAACCAGGUCUACACAGAGCUCUACAUCACAGAGGGAGGGACUGGAGAGGUCAAUGAUGAACAUGAGGUCAGACAGAUUGAAGCAGCAUCCAGGACCCCACACAGACCAGAGACCACCAUCAGACAUGAAGACAUCUUUAAAGGCUCACCUGGAAGAGAUCAACCAAUCAGAGCAGUGCUGACAAAGGGAGUGGCUGGCAUCGGGAAAACAGUCUUAACACAGAAGUUCACUCUGGACUGGGCUGAAGACAAAGACCACCAGGACAUCCAGUUCACAUUCCCCUUCACUUUCAGAGAGCUGAAUGUGCUGAGAGAGAGAAAGUUCAGCUUGGUGGAACUUGUUCAUCACUUCUUUACUCAGACCAGAGAAGCAGGACUCUGCAGGUUUGAAGAGUUCCAGGUUGUGUUCAUCUUUGACGGUCUGGAUGAGUGUCGACUUCCUCUGGACUUCAGCAACAAUCAGAUCCUGACUGAUGUUACACAGUCCACCUCAGUGGAUGUGCUGCUGACAAACCUCAUCAGGGGGAACCUGCUCCCCUCUGCUCGCCUCUGGAUCACCACACGACCUGCAGCAGCCAAUCAGAUCCCUCCUGAGUGUGUUGACAUGGUGACAGAGGUCAGAGGGUUCACUGACCCUCAGAAGAUGGAGUACUUCAGGAAGAGGUUCAGAGACCAGGAGCAGGCCAACAGAAUCAUCUCCCACAUCAAGACCUCCCGAAGCCUCCACAUCAUGUGCCACAUCCCGGUCUUCUGCUGGAUCACUGCUACAGUUCUGGAGGAUGUGCUGAAGACCAGAGAGGGAGGAGAGCUGCCCAGGACCCUGACUCAGAUGUACAUCCACUUCCUGGUGGUCCAGUCCAAACUGAAGAACAUCAAGUAUGAUGGAGGAGCUGAGACUGAUCCACUCUGGAGUCGAGAAAGCAGGAGGAUGAUCAAGUCUCUGGGAAAACUGGCUUUUGAUCAGCUGCAGAAAGGAAACCUGAUCUUCUAUGAGUCCGACCUGACAGAGUGUGGCAUCAAGAUCAAGGAAGCCUCAGUGUACUCAGGAGUGUUCACACAGAUCUUCAGAGAGGAGAGAGGACUGUACCAGGACCAGGUGUUCUGCUUCAUCCACCUGAGCAUUCAGGAGUUUCUGGCUGCUCUUCAUGUCCAUCUGACCUUCACCAACUCUGGACUCAACCUGAUGGAAGAAGAACAACCCGCGUGCCUGAUCUCUAAAAUCUAUAGGGAAAAACCUGAACUGAAAUGGGUCCACCAGAGUGCUGUGGACCAGGCCUUACAGAGUCCAAACGGACACCUGGACUUGUUCUUGCACUUCCUCCUGGGUCUUUCACUGCAGACCAAUCAGACUCUCCUGAGAGGUCUGCUGAAACAGACAGGAAGUAGCUCAAAGACCAAUCAGAAAACAGUCCAGUACAUAAAGAAGAAGAUCAGUGAGGAUCUGUCUGCAGAGAGAAGCAUCAACCUGUUCCACUGUCUGAAUGAACUGAAUGAUCGUUCUCUAGUGGAGGAGAUCCAGGAGUCCCUGAGAUCAGGACGUCUCUCCACAGAGAAACUGUCUCCUGCUCAGUGGUCAGCUCUGGUCUUCAUCUUACUGUCCUCAGAGAAAGAUCUGGACGUGUUUGACCUGAAGAAAUACUCUGCUUCAGAGGAGGCUCUUCUGAGGCUGCUGCCAGUGAUCAAAGCCUCCAACAAAGCUGUGCUGAGUGGAUGUAACCUGUCAGAGAGAAGCUGUGAAGCUCUGUCCUCAGUCCUAAGCUCACAGUCCUCCAGUCUGAGAGAGCUGGACCUGAGUAACAACAACCUGCAGGAUUCUGGAGUGAAGAGUGUGUCUGCUGGAUUGGGAAGUCCACAUUGUAAACUGGAAACUCUCAGGUCAGUUUCUGUUGAUUCUACUGGACAGAAAUCUUUGAGUAUAUUUAGAAUUUAUAGACUUUUGCUUAAUCUUACUGUGUUUUCCAACUCCAGAUUGUCAGGGUGUCUGAUCACAGAGGAAGGCUGCGCUUCUCUGGCCUCCGCUCUGAGCUCCAACCCCUCCCACCUUAGAGAGCUGGACCUGAGCUACAACCAUCCAGGAGACUCAGGUGUCGAGCAGCUCUCUGCUCGACAGAAGGAUCCAGACAGCAGACUGGAUACACUGAGGGUGGACCAUGGUGGAGAGCAGUGGUUAAAACCUGGACUGAAGAAGUAUGUCUGUGAACUCACUCUGGACUCAAACACAGCAAACAGAAACCUCAGACUGUCUGAAGACAAGAGGGAAGUGACAUAUGUGAGAGAGAAUCAGUCAUAUCCUAACCAUCCAGACAGAUUUGACUACUGGACUCAGCUGCUGUGUAGAGAUGGUCUGACUGGUCGCUGUUACUGGGAGGUCGAGUGGAGAGGAGGGGUUGAUAUAUCAGUGAGUUACAGAGGAAUCAGAAGGAAAGAAGGCCGUAACGACUGUGUGUUUGGAUGGAAUGAUCAGUGCUGGACUCUGUUCUGCUCUGAUGAAGGUUAUUUUGUCCUUCACAAUAACAGAAGAACAGACCUCCCUCUCUCCUCGUUCUCUGACUCUGACAGAGUAGCAGUGUAUGUGGACUGUCCUGCUGGCACUCUGUCCUUCUACAGAGUCUCCUCUGACUCACUGAUCCACCUCCACACCUUCAGGACCACCUUCACUACACCUCUGUGUCCUGGGUUUAGGUUGCGGUCUCCUGGUUCCUCAGUGUGUCUGUGUUCUGUGUAGGACGGAGAGUCUCCUCCUCUCUACACAAACACAAACUGAGUAUUUGACUGUUUCUGUCACAUCAGCAUGAACGUCUGUUAUCAAAGAGCAUGACUCCACGGAAAAGUGUCAGACUGAACUUUAGUUAUUCACAUCUCUAUUGUGAAAAACAUCAAGCCUCAUUCAUCCUUUUUUCUUCUUCAACGUAAUCAAAGAAAGUUUGUGAGAACAGUCUGAAUCAGAUCCAUUAAACUGUUCUUCACCUGCAGAGAUUUCCCCCCCUGUGUUUAAACUGAUGAAGCCAUGUCCUCAUGAGACUGCAGGGUGGUUUGCACACAAACAUCCAAAUCAGACAGAAGCUGAGAGGAGAGCAGCAGGGAUCUGGUGAUGUACUUUGACUAAUGAUUUUUGUUUGAUGGAAAUA